AUGAUAUUUGGUCCCGACUACACUGUGGUCCAUCCUAUGCCUGGGCUAGGCAAGCCGCUGGACUAUGUGCCCAAGAAAGACGAAGAUCCGUUGUAUAUUGACGAUCCGUUUCCGUCUGCACUCGAUGUCGAAAACCUUGACCGUGCGCUCCUCCCGUUGACCACGCUUCGUGAAUUCAGCAUGCUACAGCUCAUGAAUGCGAUCACGGAUAAAGAGAAUUGGCAUAUUAAGAUAUUCGACGACGCGAUCGCGAGCAAGUGGAAAGCAGAGGCUAUCGAGGCCGCCCAAGCCGCAUUCCGCGCGCAGUACGCGAGGGAGCUUCGCCGCCCACCGACGAACCUCGACACAUGGCCAAUCCUAACCGCCCCACGAGACGAAUCCUCCAUGACUCCAGCCAUGGCCGACUUUUGCAUCGCCGAACUCCGUCACAAAGCGCGUUCUUUCCAAAACUCUCCCAACGGAGCGAUUGUCGUCUACAACGGAAACGUUGUAAAAUCGGAUAGUGCUGUAUCCCCCGAGGUCAAAACUGCGCUGCAGAAAGCUGUCGAACCGCUCGAGAAUGUACCCGCUCACCAGAAGGACUGGCAUCCGGGUUCUAGAGAGCAGGUGCUUGACCUUGUGCACCCGAGCUUGUUUCCGCUGGUCUAUGGAUUGUCCAAGGUCCUUCCUGUUGGUGCCAAAGCAACUAACCUUGAUGCUCACGAUGCCAUUAAACGGUCUGGGGAGGGCGACAUCAUCCCCAUUCCGGAGGCACCUCCCCCUCCGAAGAAACUCUACAGUUACCAGGAAAUGGGGCCCUCGAAUACCUACAGCACCAAAUUCCAGUGGAUGCCAUGCGAAGUUGAUAUCUCGGGAAAUAGAGCCAAGAUCCUGUCGUAUAUCAACAACCUACAUCCAGAGAAACACGGCGAGCUAUACCGGGUUAUCGAGGACGUCAUUACGGCCGCUAUCCCACUCUGGGAUCUGACUCUUGCCCCAUUGGCAGCCGCCUCCUUCCAGUUCCCUCAACGCAUCGUUUACACGGGGGUCGAAUAUGACCCUGAACCGGAAGACAUCCCUACGGACCAGAGCGGCCUUCCUGGAGAUGUGGACGACGAUAAUUACUGGGACCUUCGGAACGAAUGGAUUCGAAGGUUCAGGAGGGUUAUCCUCCCCGACGUUGAGAAGCCUUUUGACGCGGAAGAGUUUGAUAAGCCCGUUUCGUUCUCGCUUAAGAACCUCGUAAAGGACGGUCGACCGCUUCAAGUUAUUGUGAAACUUGCAAAUAUCGAGUUGACGCCGGAGAACCCGAGAUAUCGUGGUGGGACUUGGCAUGUCGAAGGGCAACUGAACGAACGUAUCGUCGCCACCGCCCUCUACUACUACUCAUCUGCCAACAUCACAUCGUCCUCCCUCGCGUUCCGGCAAUUAUCUCAAGUAAGGGACGCCGACGACAUUUACUACCCACAGAACGUGCAUGACUGGCUAGACGACAUCUAUGGCUGCCGCAAUGAGCAUAGUUCUGCCCAGGACGUUGGCAGUGUCGUCACGCAUGAGGGCCGCCUUCUGACUUUCCCCAACAUCCUCCAGCACCGCGUCCAACCUUUCUCGCUCGACGACAAGACUAAACCCGGCCACCGCAAGAUCCUCGCGCUCUUCCUUGUCGACCCUCACGUUCGCGUGGUCAGCACCGCUCACGUCCCAGCGCAACAUAUCGACUGGUGGAGGGAGGACUUGGAGAUCUCCGGCGAAAAAGAUGGGAAUCAGGCUGGUUUGGCAAGACUUCCCGUUGAGAUUCGGGAUUAUGUCUAUGACCAGGUGGACGAGUUCCCUAUUUCUCUUGUCGAGGCGAAGAAGUUGCGAGAGGAGUUGAUGGAAGAGAGGAAGAGGUUUGUGUUGAAUCACGAAAACGCGCUGGACAAUGUGAUCUCGUUCUCCUUAUGUGAACAUUGA